GAGAACACAUGCGAGACAUGCUGUCGGGUAUGCAUAACUGGUACGCCUGCUCCCACGCUAGACCCACUUACUGCAAUGUGUGUCGGGAAGCGCUCUCAGGCGUUACAUCACAUGGCCUUUCUUGUGAAGUAUGCAAAGUCAAAGCUCACAAACGAUGUGCAGUACGAGCGAUGAACAACUGUAAAUGGACGACGCUGUCAUCAAUAGGAAAAGACAUCAUAGAAGAAGAAGAUGGCGUGAUUGCCAUGCCUCACCAGUGGUUAGAAGGUAAUUUACCAGUCAGUGCCAAGUGUGCCGUUUGUGACAAGACUUGCGGGAGCGUGCUCCGUCUGCAGGACUGGCGUUGUCUCUGGUGCAGAGAAGUGGUCCAUUCCAGCUGCAAGGCCCACUACCCCGCAAAGUGCCCCCUGGGUCACUGCCGCCUCUCCAUCAUCCCUCCCACGGCGCUCAACUCCAUGUCCUCUGAUGGGUACUGGCAGGCCUCCAAGAACGGGUGCGGCAGCCCCCUCCUCGUCUUCGUCAACUCCAAGAGCGGGGACAACCAGGGCGUCAAGUUCCUCCGUCGCUUCAAGCAGCUCCUCAACCCAGCUCAGGUCUUUGAUCUCAUGAAUGACGGCCCACAUAUAGGGCUGCGAUUAUUCCAAAACUUUGACACAUUCCGUAUCUUGGUGUGUGGCGGUGACGGGAGCAUUGGAUGGGUGCUCUCAGAGAUAGACAAGAUGGAACUCCAUAAACAGUGUCGUAUAGGUGUCCUGCCCCUGGGUACAGGCAAUGACCUUGCUAGAGUGCUAGGCUGGGGGACAGCCUGCGAUGACGACACUAAUCUACAGGUCAUACUGGAGAAGUUGGAGAUAGCUAGCACAAAAAUGCUGGACAGAUGGAGCAUAUGGACACAGGAGAUGCCCAUGGCACACGCCGAGGAGGUGACACCAGGGGAACCAGUGGAGGGGGACAACAAGAUGGGCGAGGUCGGUCUGGACGCUGAGAGCCAUCGAGAGAAGGAGAUGAUCUCCAGCUAUGAGGACUCUGUGGCAACGCAUCUUGCAAAGAUACUCCACUCGGACGAAAACACAGAAGUCAUCUCCUCAGCAAAGGUGCUAUGUGAAACAGUGAAAGACUUUGUGGAGAAGAUAGGACAUGCUUACGAGGAAGGUGGAUCCCAUUCCAAAGACGCACAGAUCAUGAAAGAGAAGUGCAAUCUCCUGAACGAGAAGCUGAACCUACUGCUGCAAACCCUCAAGGUGGAAGCUCAGGCAACGCCCAUACCCCCUGGAUCCAUCCUCCCCAUCAUCACGGCCGCAGCUGCCGCCGCUGUUACCACCACCACCACCACCUCGGGCGGGGGCAUGGGCACCCCUACCAUCCUGCCCCGCUCCCCAUCAUUCCAUGGCUCGGAGAAGCAUCUGGAGGAAUCCCAGGAGAAGGACGUCUGUGAGAGCAAGGAUGGGGUCGGAGACGGGGACAUCCUGGAGCAGAUGAUGGGUCCCUCGACGUCGUCCAGGGUCUUCAAGCCUCGCGAUGCACUCAUGUCAAGAGCUAACAGCCUCAAGAAGGCUGUCAGACAGAUCAUUGAACAAACAGAAAAGGCGGUUGAUGAACAAAACGCACAAACAGAAGAGCAAGAGGCCAAGACUAUCAAAGCCAUUGCAGCAACAGCAGCUGCAGCGAUAACCAGUGCUACCACACAGGGGCCUAUCAAGCCUAAGGUAACCAUAGUAACGCCGUCCAGCGACCUGGAGAUGUCCGACGACGACAACAACCAGUCUGCCAAAGUGCCUGACUCCUCUGGAUCGACCAAAGAGGACCCACAGGGGGGUUCCAGAUCACCCUUCUCCAUCUAUGUCUCAUCCACCAAGGCUAAGAUUGAGAAGAAGAAAGCGGAGCGCAUUGGCUUGAAAUCGCCACGGUCUCCAUUCAGGAUGCGUCGCAUCAGCCACGGCAGCACUCUCUCCUCCCAUCAUGGUUUCGGGCCUGUCGGUGUUUCUCAGAAGUUUGGCAGCAUGGAAAACAUUUCCAUUUUGCCAGGUUUAGAUACUUUAUUAGGACCCAGUUUAGGGCGCACAAACCCCAUGCUUAGCAAGAGUAUAGGAACGCUAGCUGGAGGAAUGGGCGGUGCGGGCAUCAUCAGUAAGGUACUGCUGGCUAACGCCGAUGCUCUGUGUGCUGCAGCGUCUCCACUUAUGGAUCAAGAUACGGAGAAAGUAGAGGGCUUUUCAGAAUCCUGUGUGAUGAACAACUACUUUGGAAUCGGACUGGAUGCCAAGAUCACCCUAGACUUUCACAACAAGAGGGAAGAACACCCAGAAAAAUGCAGAAGUCGCACCAAGAAUAUCAUGUGGUAUGGAAUGUUGGGGACCAAGGAGCUUGUCCACCGGACGUACCGCAACCUGGAGCAGAAGGUUCAGCUGGAGUGCGACGGACAGAGGAUACCCCUCCCCAGUCUGCAGGGUAUCGUGGUCCUCAAUAUCCCCAGCUAUAUGGGCGGGGCCAACUUCUGGGGGACCAACAAGGAAGAUGAGACCUUCACAGCGCCCUCUUUUGAUGAUAAGAUUCUUGAAGUCGUAGCAGUCUUUGGUGGGAUGCAGAUGGCAGUGUCAAAAUUGAUUACCUUGCAACAUCAUAGGAUAGCCCAGUGUCGAGUGGUCAAAAUCACCAUCUUAGGUGAAGAGGGAGUCCCUGUACAGGUGGACGGAGAGGCGUGGGUUCAGCCCCCAGGACUGGUCAAGAUUCUGCACAAGAACAGAGCUCAGAUGCUAGUUAGAGAUAAGCAUUUUGAGAGUACCCUCAAGUCAUGGACGGAGAGGAGAAAGAUAGAACGCCCUCUGCAGCCCCUCAUCAACGAGGAGAUUGAAGUCGUGAGGCAUUUCUGCGGUACAACGUCCCAGCUUAUUGACACAAUCAAGAUUGCCGCCCAGCACAGCAGCCCCAUACAGUCCGAGCUCCUGCACAAGGCCAUGGCGACCGCUGCCUGCCAGGAGCGUCUCUUUAGCACCGAACGAUCGACGGAGGGGAUGAGCAGAAAGGUCCUUAACGAGGUUGUGGUCAGCGCAAGGAAUCUGUACAGUGAGAGCAGUCUGUUCAUGGCUAGAAAGGCGUAUGCGCUGCGAUUGCCAGAGAACAUCCUAGAAGCACUCAACCAUGACAUCAACGCCGUGGACAACGAGCUGCGCAAGGUGUCGACCAUAGAGGGAGCUGUCUGCUAUGUGGAGGAGGAGGGGCACCAUCACCACUCCCAUAUACCGGUGGAUGUGUACAGGAAGCACACCAAGGGGAAAUUCAAGAUACCCAUGGUGUCGAGGUUUAAGAAGCCGACGAAGAAGGACUUCAAGUCGUCAGGUGUGACUGGAGGUCUGAGCGUUGUGAAGCUAUGGACCGUCGAGGAGGUAGGGGCGUGGCUAGAGGCUCUGUUGAUGGGUGAAUACAAGGACCAGUUCAUCAGGAAUGAUAUUCGAGGGUCGGAGCUUCUCAGUCUCGAGCGAAGGGAUCUCAAGGAUAUUGGUGUGACCAAGGUAGGCCACAUCAAGCGCAUUCAACAAGCCAUCAAAGACCUCGACAAAAGGGAGGUGAUAGAGCCUACAGUGCUGGAGGCGGGACCUUCAGGCAGUGUUGCUCUCUGAUUGGUCAGAUGGACACAAGUGAUUGGACUGAUCCAUUUUCCACUGAAGGGGUGCAUGGUUGAGAUAAUUUAUUAAGUGUACAGGGAGGUAUGGAGGUUGUAAAUGUUGGUUAGAGGAUGAUUAUACAUGUAGGUGCAGAAAAGAGAAAGAAAAGAGGUUUCUUGCUAAGAAAAUACCUUCAUUUUGGAAAAAUCAUCUCUGUAUUUUGUAGCAAUACGACACAUAAAUCCAAUGUAAACUGUUUAGACUGGGAAAUAUAUUUGAGUCUUGCAAAAGAGAUGUAAAUUUGGUAGGUUGUGGAUAGAAAACAGAAAAUGAGAUGUUUUGACUUAUUUAUAGAAAUGAUGGUUGAAUAAAAAGGUAAUGGUUUAAAUUCAGAACAUACAGCACAGAAAUAAAGGUGAGCUUUUUGGUGAUUAUUCGACAAGAACAUUUCCUUAAGGAUGGGAACAGAAAUAUGGACAGGUGGUCUUUCUAUUCAGGUGACGACCACUUGAGCAGGUCCGAUUUGACCUUAUGCAUCCUCAUGCUGAUACUCAGAGAGUUCAUUCAUUUUUCGAUACAGGUAUCACUGAAAAAUACAAAAGUGAAAUCAAUAAUAAUAAUAAUCAUGUAUUGAGAUACACAAUACUUGUGCAACUAUGCAAAAUGAGAUCUCAAUAAGUGGGGCGUUUAUAAGACGCAUUCAGAUUUUAUACCAGUGUCAUUUGGACAUGAUGUAUACAGAUUUUUAUCAAUGUCAUGUAGAACAUGAGGUACACCUGAUAUUGCAACAGCAGGUGUAUGCAAACAGUAUUCUGUCACAGACAAGCUCAUUCAUACAGGUUUUGUCUGUUGAGAUUCAGGAGGAAGCUAAAUGCAUGUAAUGUAUGUGGGAUAAGGCCCUUCUGGAUCUCGACAGAAAAAAUAAAAAUAAAAACAAAUUAUGACAACUCCGCAAAGAAUAUGAAAUAGGGCAUCAUUUGAAAGCUUUUCAAAUGAAGUAUUUCAAUCUUGUACAAGACUUGUUGCACAAAGUUUGUUUUUAAAUAUGUACAGGAUUAAUGAAGGAAAAAAAAAAAUUAGAAAACAAGACAAAGUGGUUGAUGAAAGAUUGUUAUGUUAAAUAAGAGCAGUAUUGUACAGGAGUUCGUGCACAAGAUUCAUUUUCACCAUGUACAGAAAUUGUUGAGAGAAAAGAGUAGGAAAAGAUAAGGAAUGCACCGCCAUGUUGUAUAGAUAAAGCAAGUACCGAAUUAGAGGAGCAGGAAAAACAGUUAAGAGGCUUGAACUCUAGUUUGGGAGUAAAAGUGAAGUUACUUUCCAGUCAUAGAAAUAACUUGAGCUUCAACCAUGUGAUCUAAGAUGUACAUUUUUGGAAAGAAUUGCCAUUUCAAUUUUUAUUUCAAUUUUGAAUAGCAUUGAAGAUUAAGGGGACAAAAUUGGGGCUGGACCCCGUUUAAUUAUGAAAGUAUUAGCUUUUCUAGCAAGCUUUUUAUGCCAAUUUUGUACAUAAAAAAAUAUUGGAUAUGUUCCCAAGAGCCUGUUUUCCUUCAAUUUUCUAUCAGUAUAUAUUUAUAGACUUGAGAAUUAUAGGACAUUGCAUUGAGCACAAACAUCCAUACGUGUACAUGUAUUUAUCUAUUCCAUUUUCCACUCUUUAGGUUUUCUCUUAUAUCUAUAAUAGUGUUUUUAAUCAAAACGUUUUCCCCUGUGUAGUGCAGUCCUUUGGGGUUUUUUUUAAAUUAUGUAUUUAUACCUUCCACUGUUAAAUCAUUCAAAAAUUAAACAAAAAUUGUUGUAAUGCAUUUCUUUGAUUUCUUAAAAUAGACAAAACGUUUAUGUAUACAUUUUUGUUAAAAACAUUUCUGUUUGUCUGCAACUUUCAUUUGAUAGCAUUUUAAUUCUACAUUGCCCUUUUAUUUUCAUCUCAAUUUUUUUUGGGGGGUCUAACAUUCUUCAAGCUCCUUUUCCCCCAUUUUUGUACUUCAUCUAGUAAGUGUAUUUGUUGUCUUUUCUUAGAAAAUUGUUCAAAUCCUUUAAUGCUACACUUAAAAGAAGUAAGUCAUCAUCAUUAUUUUUUAUCUCUGCAUAUAGUCUGCAUUUUGAUGCUGCCUUAUGUGUUUUCCAAAUGUUCUUUUUGCUACAUUUUUGUUAUUUUCCACAGCAAUACAGUCAGAAAUGGAUUUUGAUUGAA